UACCCGAACCUCGUGCCCACGCCCCAGCGCGACCCGUACUCGGAGCCAGAGCUCGUGGUGCGCCAGAAGUACCACGACAAGGUGCUGGGCGAGCUGGGGGCAGAGGUCAAGGGCGUCUACCGGCCGCACGAGCUGAUCACCAACCCGCCGUCGGCCAACCAGGUCACCGUCCAGAAACUGCUGGCCGCCGGCGCCCACCUGGGCCACUUCACGAAACUCUGGAAGCACUCGACACAGCCAUACAUCUACGGUGUCUACAACGACCUGCACAUCAUCGAUCUGGAGCAGACGGUGACGCACCUGAGACGGGCAGCCAAGGUGGUGGAAGGUGUGGUUGAAAACGGCGGCACGGUGCUAUUUCUCGGGCUGAGAGAGGGCCAGCUGCGGUCUGUGCGGGCGGCGGCGCAGCGGUGCAACGGGGUGUACGUUGCAAGCAAGUGGGUGCCGGGCACGAUCACCAACAGUCUGCAGAACGCUAAACCGCGCGUGGAGGUGGACAUGGCGGACCUUCCGUCGGGCAGAAGCCUGACGGACUUCGAGGCGCGGUGCGUGCUGAAGCCGGACCUGGUGGUGACGCUGAGCGCGCGGGACAGCCGGACCGCGCUGGGCGAGGCGGCGCAGUCGCGGAUUCCGAGCGUCGGCAUCGUGGACACCGACUGCGACCCGGCGCUGGUCACGUACGCAAUUCCAGCCAACGACGACUCUAUUAGGGCUACAAACUUGAUAUGUGGGGUGUUGGCAAAGGCUGCGGAGCGCGGCUACCGCACAAGACUCGAGCGC